CGCCACCAAGUAUUCAUCCACGUUUGAUCGACGUCUCACAAACAACAUGCAGACAGUCAGUUGGAACGCAAAUCUAUCCAUGGUCUCGGACAUUAUUUCUGCGAUGCAGAACAUGCUACAUUCGCAAGCAACUGUAUGCCACCGUCUACAUGUAUGCAUCCGAUGUGUUAUUGAAAAAUGACAGAUGCUGGACCUCGAGACCCCAUACUCCAGAGCCGCACUUCUCAACCCUAAUCACUGCGCAAUCGAGCUCGAAGACCAGAGUAUCGAUGCUAUCAUCACCGAACGCCGGCAGCAGUUAGACACAGUUUUGUGCGAAAUUUCAGACCUGGAAACGAUCAUGGAUGGUAUACAAACUCUUCACAGACAAGUCCUCGAAAAGAAGAACAAGUUAAUCGAGUCCAUUAAUUCGCACGAGAGACUUAGAUUGGCUCUGUGGCGCUUGCCAACUGAAAUUCUAUCCCACAUUUUCGUUUCCUGUCUCCCAGAAGACAAGUACUUGUUGCCCGCAUCAAGGCUGCCUCCCAUCCUGUUGACUAGAAUAUGCCGACGAUGGAGGGAGGUUGCUGUGGGCACACCUGGUUUAUGGUGCAGACUGCGUUUAGCAGUCGAGCAUAAUGACUGGCAGAAACGAGCCUUUUGCUACGACGCGUGGCUCAAGCGAACUCAAGACCAUCCGCUCUCGCUGGCACUCCGCUGCUACGAUAACUGGACACCACUAGUCCAAAGCCUUCUCCGGCCUUACAUCCAUCGAAUCUCUUCUCUCGACAUCGAUUUUCAACGAGUGGAGCAACCUGAAUGCGUAUUCAAAGACUUCUCAGCGCUUCAAGAGCUGAUCAUUCCCAAUCCUAUCACAUUCAAGCUGCUAUCUUCGUUCGCGCCCUUCGAGAUUUCGAUAGAUAGACAAGAUGCAUUCCUGCAUCUGCUCCGGCUAUGUCCUAACCUCUCCUCAUUAACGAAUCACGUGGCAUUCUUCCAAAAUAAGUCCUUGAAGCCGUUCACGCACCCCAAGCUUGAAUCCUUGCGUCUCUAUGGCAAUCCUUGGAUAUGCAGAGAACCAUUGUGGGGCAUGUUUAGUGCUCUCUCGCUCCCCAAUUUGCGCGUACUUCAUGUUUGGAACACAUCGACGUGGCCUCAUGAGGAGUUCAAAAUGUUUUUGGAAAGGUCAGCGUGUCCCCUUGAGAGCCUGGUUUUUGGCGGUAUAGUGAUUACGACUGUGGAGCAACGAGUGGAAUACGUUGCCCUUGUUCCUUUGCUUCAGGUAGUAGUUCGAAAUACCGGUCGUACUUCUAUAUGUGACAAGUAAUCCACAGCUCUUUCAUUGUGACGAGGAGUGUUGUUAAUUGAUACAGCAGUAGAUGGUCGGAUACAUGUGUAAUGGUAGAAAUUCAUGCAAUGCACGUUCGGAAGAGCCAUCAGUUUCGGUGAGCACAGAAUUUAGAAAUAGGAAUGGUACUUCAACGUUGCUGGUU